AGCCCUUACAAUGUUGGAGCUAAUGAGUGAAAGAGGUGUAAAAGCUGAUGUUAUCACUUACAGCUCUUUAAUACAUAGAUUUUGCCUUUCAGGCCAAUGGAAAGAGGCAGCAAGCUUGUUCCACAGAAUGAUGGAUGAAGGAAUCCAUCCCAAUGUGGUAACUUUCAACUCUUUAAUUGAUCCUUUGUGCAAACAAAAGAAAGUGAAAGAAGCCCUUACAAUGUUGGAGCUAAUGAGUGAAAGAGAUGUAAAACCUGAUGUUAUCACUUACAACUCUUUAAUACAUGGAUUUUGUCUUUCAGGCCAAUGGAAAGAGGCAGCAAUCUUGUUCCACAGAAUGAUGGAUGAAGGAAUCCAUCCCGAUGUAGUAACUUUCAGCUCUUUAAUUGAUGCUUUGUGCCAACAAAAGAAAGUGAAAGAGGCCCGUAGAAUGUUGGAGCAAAUGAGUGAAAGAGGUGUAAAACCUGAUGUUAUCACUUACAACUCUUUAAUACAUGGAUUGUGCCAUUCAGGUCAAUGGAAAGAGGCAACAAGCUUUUUAAGUGGAAUGGCCUGCCAAGGUAUAUGUCCAGAUAAAAUUACUUUGAACUUUAUGUUGGAUGCUUUUUGUAAACAAGGAAUGAUGGAGAAAGCUGAAGCAGUACUUGAGUUAAUGAAUAAAAAAGACGUAAAGCCUGAUGAGAUUACUUAUGGAACAAUGAUUAUUGGAUAUUGUUUGCAAGGUGAAAUGGAUAAGGCAAAGGAUGUCUUUGAGCUGAUGAUAACAAAGGGUUUUUCACCAAGUCUGGGGACUUAUAAAAUGCUGGUCAAUGCAUAUUCAAAGAUAAAGAGGAAAGAUGAGGCUCUGAGGCUCAUUGAUGAAAUUCUCCAGAAGGGAAUGAUGCCUGGUAUUACAACACAAAAUGCUAAGAGGCAUGACCAAGUGAUGCACUUCUAUUUCCAUCUUCUAUACAAACGGAUGCCAAAGCUAGGAAGCUCAAGAUGCCAGAGGAAGUUGGGUUAAGGCAUGUGUGCAUGGAAAUAUAGAGCAUGGUAAGCUGAGAGAUUAACUGAUACUCAAUUGAAUGAAGACACAAUUGGUAAGAAGGCACCAUAGACUUGCUAUAAGGACACCAUAGCAGAAAAUGAUGCUGGACUAGCGGAGCAUGAGCAUUAGGAGAAUGGUAACUGAUUCCCCACAGCACGGUUGUUCAAUUGGUUGGGUAAUGAAAUACUAACCUGCCUCCUUAAUGUCAUCUGUCAUAAGUUCCUUUAAUAAUCCCAUGAGGAAUACGCAGCAGAGUCUGGGGUUUGAUGAUAUUUGUAACGAUCAUCUGCACACCCACAUUACUUGGCAAGUAUUGUCAGUGUGUUUGCCCUUGUGGGAGAGAAAGGGUUCUUCUAAAGAUGGCAACGACUUAGCUCACUUGGCUUUUGGAAUAUCUCAAUAGGAGAUUAUUGCUUGAGGAGAUGAAACUGUGCUUUUUUUUUUUUUUUGAAUUUGACUUAUUUGCUCGAGGCAAUGAAACUGUAAUUUUUUAUUUUUUGUAUUCUUCUUUUGGGAUUAUAGCUUGCAUGAUUUUUGUAAUACCUGCCAUGACAGUAUUAGUUCUUCUAUUUGGCCACAGCAGAUUAUUCAUUUUA